GCCUGGUGGAAUUAAGCCUGCUACCGCUGAAGCAUCUCCUCAAUAUCAUGAUCCUUGGGCCGGCUUUUUCUACUUGAAAAAGAAGCCAAAGAUCUGACUCUCAGGGAAGAUGCGAACGCGGUAGCUCUAAUCCUGGCGCAAGCAGUUUUAUCAUGAUACCUCCUAAGCCCGACAAUCAAAGUCGUUAAGGCGGCAGCUUCAACUGUGGUCAUAUUUCUCUUACAAACAAACAAACAAUCCUUCUAGUAUUUAAAUGCCAUGGGGGCUGAAAAAAGCACGAGGGUCUCCAUGCCUCAUUUUCACAGGAGGUGGAGCGAUCUAGAUCACACGUCGAAAGAUCUAGUUGUACUCUAUAGUCUACACUUAGUUAUACUCUACAAUCUAGGAAGUGUAACAGAUCCAUUAGUAUAUUAAGUCUUGAGACAGUGCCUCGUGCUAGGUAAAUGAAUGAAUGAUAUUCUAGUCGUACAGAAGAUAAGAUGUACAGUUUGUAGUUUCUCUACUAAUGCUGCUCAUCGUGGUACAUGCAACUGAGUCCCAGCAACAGCGAUGCUCUUUCGUUGAUGUCGAGUUCGUCCGAGCAGGAAGAAUACGCGAAUUUCCACCAACCUCUCGCUCCUCCACAAGCUACUGCUGAUUAUGGCGAACUAAUACGUUUUCCACUGCUACUUGCGUUUUUCUACAUCUCUCUCUCUGAUGAUGAUGAUGAUGAUGAUGAUAUUGUUGCUCUAUGCAUCUUCUGUGCUGUAUCCAUAUCAUUGACAAGUGGGUAUCCGGUCUCGAAGGGGUUUCGAAAAAAUCGUUCCCAUUGCAUGAUGAUGAGGAUGAUGUUAAUGUGCCCAGCAAGGAGCAUUUACUUGUUGUCUAUUUAGCCUCUAAUUCAAUCAAUUUGUUUUCCCCUUGGAAUUUUUGGCAGGCGACAUAGUGCAUCAUUUCCGAGAAGGCGGUAGUUUGGAUCCUAC